UGCCGCACGCGGCGCCGCUCUGGAGUGCGCUUGCAGGGACGCGAGAUGAAGCGCCUAACUUUGUUCGCUCUGGCUAUCACCUUAAUCGCGACGGUUUUCGCCGCGAAAACCCCUUACCAAGCGGUUCUUCAGCACAGCAGGAUAAGAGGAAGGACUCAUGGCCCUAAUGUUUGUGCGAUGCAGAAGAUUCAAGGAACGGAUAAGAAGUAUUUCACCAACUGCAAGCAAUGGUAUCACCGUAAAAUAUGCGGCAAACCAACGGUGGUCAGCUAUGAGUGCUGUCCUGGAUAUGAGAAGGUGAUUGGAGAAAAAGGCUGCCCGGCAGCUCUGCCUCUGGUGAACAUCUAUAAAACCUUGGGUGUGGUUGGAGCCACGACUACCAAGAUGUACUCCGAAAGAGCGAAACUGCAGGAGGAGAUCGAAGGUCCCGGCAGCUUCACAUUCUUUGCUCCAAGCAAUGAGGCUUGGGCUGCGCUUCCCACUGAAAUUCUGGAUGCCCUGGUGAGCAACGUCAACAUCGAACUCCUCAACGCUCUGCACUACCACAUGAUCAACAAACGCUUGACCUCUGACGACCUUAAGCAUGGCUCUUUGUUCUCCUCCAUGUAUCAGGACUUUGAUGUUCAUAUCCACCAUUAUUCUAAUGGAGUUGUGACAGUGAACUGUGCAAGGCUUGUGAAAACAGACCAGCAUGCCACCAAUGGAAUUGUGCAUGUUGUUGACAGAGUCAUCACCGCCAUUACCAACAAUGUCAACUCUUUGAUUGACACAGAUGAUGACCUGGACACACUACGGACUGCGGUUGCUGCCGCUGGUCUCACCAAUCUGUUGGAGAACGAGGGUUCCUACACCAUCUUUGCUCCAACCAAUGAAGCCUUUGAGAAGAUUCCUCCAGAAACGCUGACCAGAAUUUUGGGAGACCCUGUUGCUCUCAAAGAUCUGCUGAAUUACCACAUCCUGAAGAACCUGCACUGCGCUGAGUCUAUUGUGGCUGGAACACCUCUGGAGACCCUGCAGGGGACCGUUCUGGAAGUCGGCUGCGACGGCGACGAGAUGACCAUCAACGGCAAAGCCAUCGUCACGCAGAGAGAUAAGCUUGGAACCAAUGGAGUCAUUCACUACGUCAAUGAACUUCUUAUCCCUGACUCAGCCAAGACCCUCAUGGAGCUCGCAGAGGGAUCCGUUGUUACUACAGCCUCCAAGCUCUUUAAAGAUGCCGGUCUUACUGAUCAUCUCAUUGGCUCCGAGGCUGUGACUUUGUUAGCUCCACUGAACGAUGCUUUUAAAGACAAGAGUUUGGCCAUGACGCCCGACCUGAAGAAACUGCUGAGAAACCACAUUCUCAAGGAGAAGUUUUCCUCUAAGGGCCUUUACCAUGGGCAGGAGUUGGAGACCCUUGGUGGAUUGAAACUGAGAGUGUUUGUGUUCAGAAAUAACCUGUGCAUUGAGAACGGCUGCAUUGCUGCACAUGACAAAAAUGGCCGCUUUGCGAACAUGUUCAUCAUUGACAAGAUCCUGGCCCCUCCCAUGGGAACGGUCAUGGACGUCCUGAAGGCAGAUGAUCGCUUCAGCACUUUGGUCGGCGCCAUUCAGAGGGCAGGCCUGACGGAGCUCCUGAACAAAAAAGGGACCUACACCUUCUUCGCCCCGACCAAUGCCGCUUUCAGCGCAAUGCCCCCCGCAGACCUCAACAAGCUCAUGAGAGACCCCAAGGAGCUGGCAAACCUUCUGAGAUACCACAUUGGUGAGGAGUUCCUGGUCAGCGGCGCGGUGACCUCCCAUACCAGAGUGAAGCCCAUGACAGGAGAUAAACUGGAGUUAGGCACUCGUAACUCCACCGUAUACGUGAACAGGGUUCCUGUUGUCCAGACUGAUCUGAUGGCCACCAAUGGAGUUGUGCACGCCGUUGAUGCAAUCAUAAAGCCCCUGCCUCCUAAAAUCGUGAACGACCAGGCCGAAGGCUCCACGAUCAGACGCACCUCCGCUGUGAGGGCUGGGACUCAAGUAGUGAAAAACGAUGAUCUCUUCCAGAAGGUCCUGAGAAGUCACAGCAGCAGACCGAUGUCUCAGUAAACAGAGCUCUGCGAAGUAAAACUGUAGUUCGUUUGAAACUCUGCCACUUCAAAAGGAUGGGAGCACACGGUGGAGAGAUAAUUAAAGGCUAAGGAAAUCCAGGGCGACGAAGUACAUAACGCUGAAAAUGGAAAACGGUUCAGCAUUGCAAGAUUGUGACUUUUUUUCAUCUGGACGAAUUUUUCAAAUUCACGACAGCGAUUUGUUACGUUUUGGAUAUUCAUUCAGCUCCCGUUGUCUGAAUUAUUUGAAUCGGAUGUCGGUUAACAUUUUGUAUUUCUUUUUUAUCGUUUUUUGUAAUGAUUUGGUUGUUGUAUUUGAUAUAGCAUGUUUGCAUGGUUUAAGCUGGAACGAAUGCUAUUUGGGCACAUAUAAAAAAAAAAAAAAAAAAAAAAAAACACAGACCAAAUUUAUGUCUUCAUUUCCCGUGGUCUACAAUGUAAACGUGCGCAGAUUAUCUGCUAUAUUACACCAAAGAUGUUUUGCGAAGAACCAAAGAUCACUGUCUGCAUAUUUCUUAAUAAACGUGACCGUUUUGUAGCCACAGAGUUAUAGUUUACGUAUAACUAGCCGGUGCCCUUGAAUGUAGUUUGCUCUGUCUGUUACGAGCCGGUUUGUCAGUUCACAAUGUGGUGGAUGUCAUAAUGUGGUGAUUAAUGUGUGGCGAUUAAAAGUCUCACUCGGAUGAUAA